AUGGUGGACACUUUUCCCGAGGACAUGAUGAACUGCACCAUUAGGCAUGAAAUCCACCAGUACCUCUUCUCCUGUGUGUAUAUACUUGUACUAUUGGUGGGCGUUCCCUCCAACCUGUACUCGUUGUACCACGCUGCUCUGCAGCUGAAGCAGAAGAAUGAGCUGGGCGUGUAUCUAAUGAACCUCACCGUGUCUGAUCUGUUAUACCUGGCAUCGUUGCCGCUGUGGCUACAGUAUUUCUUUCAGGAUGAUGACUGGAGUCACAGGGAGUGGUUGUGUCAGCUCUGCGGCUUCCUGCUCUAUGAGAACAUCUACAUCAGCAUCGGUUUCCUGUGCUGUAUCAGCCUGGAUCGCUACCUGGCUGUGGUCCACCCUUUAAGGUUCACCUCUCUCCGCUCUAUGAGAGCAGCGUGGCUUGUUAGCAUCAUCAUCUGGCUGAAAGAGAUCGCCGUCGGCGUGGUUUUCUUUCGCCAUAAAGAACUGAGCAGAGACCGCAAGAACCAAUCAGUGUGCUUCGAGCACUACCCCAUGCAGCCGUGGGAGUAUCCCAUCAACUAUUACCGCUUCACUAUUGGCUUCAUGUUUCCGCUGGCUAUUCUAUCAAUCAGCUAUCUGUGUGUUCUCCGUGCCGUGGGUCGGAGUGCUGGGACUCAGCCGGAUCAGAAGGUGAGGAUCAGGCAGUUAGUCAGCAGCACCGUCCUCAUCUUCCUCGUCUGCUUCUCCCCUUACCACGUCUUCCUCUUAAUACGCACCCUGCUGGAGCGAGACUGCAACUUUAUCGCAGAAAUAUUUAACUACUAUCACCUGUCAUUAUUGUUGACUACCCUGAACUGCGUGGCCGACCCCGCUCUCUACUGCUUUGUGAGCGAAAGUGCCCGCCGCGGCCUCUAUAGAGUCAUCCUCAGGCCAAUCAAAAGGAUACUGUGCUGCUGCUGUUGCCGAGGCAAUGUCAACCCAGCCAACCCCGCCAACCCCGCCAACCCAGCCACUGAUUCCCACGAGGUCGCCACCGACGAGAACAACGACUAUCCGACUGUGAUGCUGCUCACGCACAUCAGCACACUCAACAACUUCAAAACAGACACUUCCAGCAGAAAUACAAUUUUAAUCACACAGACUGAUGACAAAACGUUCACACCCUCCAUUGUACAGAAGUAUGGACACUCGGACAGACGGGUGGACAGGGAUGGAAAGCCCAGCUGUGUGAUGAUAGCCAUGGAAGAGCAGAGCCAAGAUACAGAUAGGACUGAGGAGACUGACUCUAGUAAAUAA